CGAUCUUCUCACGCAACCAACGGCCAUUUUACAAAGCAAGCGUUGAGAGUGCAGGUUAUCCACUCCUCGUCGGCAUUUAUCGUUAGUUUUGAAUAUAGUGCGUUAUUUAACCUGAUCUAUCACCCUCAAAAGGCUUUUUAAACUGUUUUUCUGUCCGCUUGUGUGAAAAUGUCUCGUGACCGCUCCCGUAACCGUGGAGGAUUCCAGCACCGAGGCCGCGGAGGAAUGGGAAUGCGUGGUGGAAUGGGAAACCCUAACUUUAGAAAUCAAAACCAGCAUCCUUAUCAAAACCGAGGACCCCAUAUGGGUGGCGGAUUUAAGCCGAAUCAGGGAAAUCAGCCCAGCCAGGCCUCUACACCACAGAAGCCGCAGGAAUCCAGUCAGAACAAGCCAGUGGUCCAGUCACCUCCGGCGCAAGGCCCUGGUCUGGCCCAGCAGAGCAACAACAAAGGCCCUUCGCCACAGCAGACCGCCAUCGCUGCUCCGCCGCAGAUCCAGUCCCCACCGCCACAAAAGAUCCAGUCCCCACCUCCACAGAAGAUCCAGUCUCCACCGCCACAGAAUAAUGCGAAGAACCCAGACCUCGGUUCCCCACAGAACCAGCUCAGAAAAAACCAACCAAAAGGUGGGAUGGGGAAUGGUCAAAAACCAAAUGUUCCCGUGCAGAAAGAACCGGAAAAGACAGUACCACCGCAACAACAGAGCACCACGAGCAAUGAGGGCAUUCAGCCUCAGGAGUUGAAGGCAACGCUAUCUUUGCUGCGCAAGCCUGGAGAGAAAACCUAUACUCAGCGUUGUCGUCUGUUUAUUGGGAACCUACCAAACGACAUCACUGAACCCGAAUUCAGGAAAUUGUUUGCAAAGUAUGGGGAGCCCAGUGAGAUUUUCAUCAAUCAAAGCAAAGGUUUUGGAUUCAUCAGACUGGAAUCCCGUGCCUUGGCAGAGGUUGCAAAAGCUGAGCUGGAUGAUAUUCCCAUGAAAGGCAGGCCUCUCAGAGUUCGUUUUGCCACUCAUUCUGCUGCACUUUCUGUGCGCAACUUAUCUCCAUUUGUGUCCAAUGAACUGCUGGAAGAGGCCUUCUCUCAGUUUGGAGUGGUGGAGAGGGCUGUAGUUAUUGUAGAUGACCGUGGCCGCUCAACAGGGAAAGGCAUUGUUGAGUUUUCUUCCAAACCAGCUGCACGGAAGGCUAUUGAUCGUAUCAGUGAUGGAGUGUUCCUUCUCACAUCGUCACCCCGUCCAAUUGUGGUUGAAUUGUUAGAGCAAUAUGAUGAUGAGGAUGGUUUGCCAGAGAAGCUUGCACAGAAGAACCCCAGUUAUCAGAAGGAGCGAGAUCAGCCUCCUCGGUUCGCCCGUCCUGGCACCUUUGAGUUUGAAUACUCCCAGCGAUGGAAGUCCCUUGAUGAGAUGGAGAAACAACAGAGGCAGCAAGUGGAGAAAAACAUUCGUGAGGCCCGUGAGAAGCUAGAAGCAGAGAUGGAAGAUGCUUAUCAUGAGCAUCAAGCAAACAUGCUCAGACAGGACCUUCUUAGACGUCAAGAGGAACUUCGUCGUAUGGAAGAAAUGCACAGUCAGGAGAUGCAGAAACGUAAAGAAAUGCAACUCAGGCAGGAAGAGGAACGCCGCAGGAGAGAGGAGGAGAUGAUGCGGCAGAGGGAAAUUGAAGAUCAGAUGAGGCGCAAACGUGAGGAGUCUUACAGAAUGGGUGGCUUUAUGGAUAAUAGAGACAGGGAGAUGAGAAUGAAUUCUAGUGGAGGCCUUGGAUUGGCUGAUAUGCCGUUUGGGUCACCUAGCCAGAAGUUCCCAUUGGCAGGAAUGAAUUUUGAAGGUCACCAAGGAAUGGGGGGACAAGCAUCAGGGGGCAUGGUGUCCAACGAAAUGCGCAAUGAGCGUUUCCCGCAAGGUGGGCCAGGUGGUCCAAGGGGCAUGGGUGCUGGAAACCCAGGAUUUGGCAGGGUCCGUGAGGAAUAUGAUGGAUCUGCCAAGAAGCCACGCUUCUGAUCUGGCACUUUAAAAGCAAAGUUUGUAUGUGGAAUUCCAGAGGCUCGAUUCUGGAGUCAUAAUUGAUGUAUUUAAGUUUAAAGAAUUUUCUUGCAAUUUUAGCCUGAAAACUCAUCCCAUUUGUGGCAAGAUUUUUUUUCGUCCUAUUUUUAUUUUGCAUUCUUAAUAGGUUUAAUAAAACCAUUGAAGUCAGCACUGGCUUAGUGCUGCCAACAUGUAAUCCCCUUUCUUAUUAGUCUUUAUCUUGUCAUGUUACUUGUGUUAUGCUGGUGAAAUAUUGUAAAUUUGUUCUGAUCUUUCUAUGGCUGUGUUCUGUGCCAUUAACAUUUAAAAUACUACAUGUACAUUUUCAAUAAAGAGUGCAGUUUGUUCUCCCAAACCCCAUUCAGGUGUUGUUGGCACAAUGUUUAAUUUUCUGAUGUGUCGGGCAUCUAACACCUGACACAUCUGACACAUGUAGGCAUCUAGUACAUUUUCUUAAUCUUAAAGGUUGUCGCUUGGAGUUGUUCUUAUGGAUACCUUUUAGGGCUGCCCCCGACUUAAGAUAUUUCUAGUCGACUAGUAGUCAUUCAUUCAAGCCAUUAGUCAACUAAUCGCAUGUUUAUAUUUAAUUUUAUUAAGUAUAUACUGGUGGGGGGGGGGGUACUAAAACAUAAUCAGCCUUUAAUAUAUAUUGGCGUAAUAUAUAUAUAGCCUAUUCUGCACUCAAGCGCACGAUUAAAGUUUGCAGCAAAGCACUGGCAUAAGUAAUAAUUAUGAUUGUGUUGGGAAAAUAGCAAUGAGACAUUAUUUAAAAAAUUGUGUUUUCUGAGUCGACUGCAAAGAUGUUGACGAUGCUGCCUCGGCAUCUCCGCAGUAUAGUGAAGGCGCCUAUGGAGUGAAAUGACACUUUCAUACGGAUUACAUAAUCGGAGUAUUUGUUUUUAAUUUGCGUUGGUUUCUCUAAAAGUAGACAUUUCAAGCUUUCUAUAGAUAUUUCUCAUGUCUGAGGCAAGUAGCCUAUGUGUUACUUUCGUAUAGGUAUAGAGUUUCGGUUCAUCUUUGUGACAUGCUCCAGUUCAAGGAGACAGACUGCAGAAAGCGCAUCCUGUUGUUUUGUUUCUUUCAAAAGCACAACGCUUUUUUGAGUUUACACAAAUAAAAGGUAGACCUUUUUCGAAUGAUGUAUUAGCCCCCCCCGCCGCUGUUAUAAGUAAUAAAUGCAAGUGACCGACAUGCAGUAAGUGUGCUAAUACUUUAGCUUUCACACUCCGCACAAACACUAAUGAUAGCGAACAUUUAUCUAGGUUAACGUUAGAGUGAGUAGCCAUGUAAAGUUGCUAUUACUUGUAUGUUUCAAAUGAUAGGCCUUAUUUGAGGUCGAUGAAUGAUAGGCGAACAUUUGGAUUUCCUGCACGACAUGCUGUAAUUACCACAAGGACCCGCCGUUAACGAUCUGUCCAUCAAGGGCUGUGUGACUUUGCCACAUCCUGUGGAGUUUUUUUUUUUUUUUUUUUUUUUUUUUGGUGACUAAAGUAAUAAAAUUUGUCAACUAAGCCUCCUCUUAUCGACUAACAUUGUAGUCUACUAUUAGGGGGCAGCCCUAGAUACCUUUUCUAUUAUAGUUAAGUUUAGAUUUAUCACUGCCAACCUGACUAUCAAGUUAAAUAUGGAUUGCUGGUGAUAUCAAUUUUUUUUUUUUUUUUUUUUUUUUUUAUUUGGAAGUAUAGCUUAAACAAUCUGACUUGGUUUCAUUUGUUUACAAAGUAGAACCCAGAGUGGUGUCAUGGACACAUUUUGGCUCUUGACGGAAUCCUUGGAAAUUUGGAACUUGAACAGAAUCCUCCUGAUGAAUAUUUGUUUUACUUCAAUUUCUUAUCCACCAAAAUGUUCUUUCUGUCAAAACUCUUUAUCAUUGAAGCAUGUUUUAUUAGAUUGUGCUGGUUUUAACCCUGUGAGAAACCUGUUUUAUUCAGGUAACUCUUUUGAAGAAGUUUUUAACAAAGUUAAACCAAGUAUAGUUUGUUUUUAAGGAAAAAUAAAAUUGUAAACACCUGAUAUAGUUGAUAUAAGUUUUUCUCUCCAUGAAAAUAGCCACAGAAGCUGGCAUGGCGUACAAGCAAACUUCAGGGGUUUUUUUUUUGUUUUGUUUUUGUUUUUUUGCAAAAGCUUGGGAAAACAUUGAUUUAAAAAAAAAAUUUAAACAAACCAUUCCUGCCAUGUGUGGACAGUUGAUUCUCAGCAAAUCCCUUUCAAGGAAAAUCUGUUCACUUGGCGACCAUAUUUGCAAUGCCUCCGGGCAGCUAUUUCGGGCAUCCAAGACCAAGUCCUAUCUAUUUAAUUGGGGAAUUCUGAAAUCUUAACUGCUUGGCGAACUCACAAUUAAAUACCAUUUCAAAUCAGCAAUAACAAUUAUGCUCAUAGCGUUUAAAAAAAAGGCUUAUUUUUCAGGCUAGACGAGCCAAUGUGCAUGUGCAGUCUUAAGCGUGAGUGUCAGGUUUCUAUGGGAAUGGCUUGGAUUAAUCAGGUUUCAUUUCUAACAGCAGCUGCAGUGACGUAAUGACUUUCAAUGAGAGAUUGGCCCUUUUACUUAGAAGGCGGAACCUAUUCUGCCAUAUUGUGCAUUGCAGUUUCUCCCAUUCAUAACUAAUAGGAGUGAACUGUCUUUCUAUAGUUUUUGCUCACAAGCAAUGCCUAAGUUUUAUGAAACCAAAAGGGAUUAGAGAAACAAACUAAUUAGUGUUUGUGUUCUUGGAUGAACUUUCACACACAUUAUAAACCUAUUUUGUUUACAUGAUUUACAUGUAUCCAUUUGAAAAGUAUACUGCUGCCAUUAUAGGUGAAUUACUCAAACUAUAACAUUUUAUGAUUUGACAUGAUCUUACUAGGUCUAGGUGGUGUAUAGAUUUUGUAAGCUAUAUCAAUAUAUAUUCACAAUGUGAUAAUAGGGUAAGCAGUAACAUUUAUUUUCAGAGUGGGCUGCUGUGGAAAAGUGCAAGAUCUAAAUUGUCCUAAACAUGAGACUUGCUUUAAGUGCUUUAAACUAGCUCGUAAGCAUAGAUUAAUGCAGCUUGCUCUGAUGUUUGAGAUGUUUUCCUUAGUAGAUAACUUGCGUUUCAUGGUAUAUGCUCAUCUGUAAAUGUUAGAAAGUUAAGCAAGUAAACUUCUCUGAAUGAGCGCCGCUGUGCGCAUGCAUGUCAAACAGAUGGCUUGCAAUAAUUCUAAAAUAUAUACAUUUUACAAAAAUUAUUUUAGACUGUUUGAAAUUUUCGAACAUUGUUUAGAAUGUUUAUAUUAAGUUUUUUUUUUUUUUUUUUUUUUUUUUUUUUUUUUUUUGCACAAUUUACAGCCUAGCCUACAUCAAUACAUUCACUGUAUUUGUUUUCAUAGCCAAUUUUCAAUUUACGCAUUGUUUGGAGGACAACAUUAGGUAGGAUAUGAAAACUUCAAAAAAAAAAAAAAAAAAAAACUUUACCAAAAAAUAAAUAAAUAAAUAAAUCACCCAGCCCUAGUUAUUAUGCAAGUAGAACUAGUGAAAUUCAACUACCUGUGCAGACGUUACAGGGACACAGAUACUUGUUCACCAAGUAGCAUGUUUCUUGUAGUGAUUUAAUUUCUACCAUUUAAAAGAAUAUCCUUCUCUAGUUAUGAUGGAUGACUCAAAUAAAAAAAACAUUGCUACUCUCAUCUAUGCAUGAAAGCACAUAGUUUAAAUGGUUGAAUUUUGUUCAAUGUGUAGAAUCCACAACACCACCUCAUUGUUUGUUGAUUAUUUCAUUUUGCCAGUCAAAACAAAAUCAAUUUGCAUAGUAGCAUUUUUCAGUGUUCCAAGACAAUUAAAUUGCUUGAUUUGCUUCACCCUCCAUGUCAUAGUAUGAUUUGAGAGGUGCUGCAUAGAAUGUUAUUUUUAAAUUUGUUGUCUGUAAAUUUGCAAGACCUUAAAUGACAACCACUUUAGAGUAAGGCCAAUUGCAGGUUAUAUUGUGCAGCUUGUAAAUGAGCAAAAUACAAGAACAAUUCUAAGAAUAAUGCAAACUACAAAUCAAAAUGAGCAAGAAGCAAGGCUUCUGACUUGUGUUGUGAGCAAUACUGUUUCUAAAAAUAGUUUACACCUUUCUUAUCUUUGUGAAACCUAGGUCAGUUAACUAACAGUUCUCUACUGUACUCAUACCUGCUCUGGUAGAAUAACGCAUUGCAUUUUUCAUAUUAAAGCUUGACUUUUGAUAUUGUAAGAUAACAAUAACAGUUCUCUACUGUACUCAUAUUUCUCUGUUAGAAUAAUUAUAACAAUUAUAACACCAUUUUUCAUAUUAAAGCUUGACUUCUAUAUUGUAAGAUAUCAUUGAUUAAAGUUCCUUUUUUUUAUUUUUUAUUUUUUUUGAGAAACCCAUAUUGGCAUAACAUCACACAAAGCCAAUAUUUUAAGUUUGUCUUCCUUCUCCACAAAGUUACUGUUAAUGCUGUCACGCUUUUCUUCUAGCACGUUAUGCUGCUGUCAAAGCAUGGAGGCAGAAGCAAUCAAUUUGUCAAUUAUCACAUUAAUUUUUUCUACUAUUAAUAUAAUUGUGAAAUUAAUUUCAUUGCACUUUACAUGAUGCGAGGCCUACAUUUUGGGCUUCACUUUCCUGUGUAGAGAGAAUUCCUUAUUCCUGACCCAUGCCAUUGGUCAUUUACAAGUCACUCUAUUUUGCCAUUGCCACAGCAAACAAUUAGCUUCAUUUCUUCUACAUUCUUCAUUUCUUUCUACAUUUAAAAAAAAAAAAAAAUGUAAUGGUACUGUAAUUAUAACACAUUUCCUAAUUUGAAAGCCAUGUGUAAUAGUUGAAGUUUUAUUGCUAGCGUACAUUUAAUGUGAUUUAAAUACAAAACGUUACAUGGCUUAUGUAGUUAUUUUAACAUCAAGAAUGGAGCUGGAAAAAGGUAAUUUCACAUACAGAUUUUCCCAGAUACAUUGUUUGGUAAAAUGUAUUGUCUAUUGUGUUGGUUUUCUAUACAUUUUCUUCCUUAACAGGUUUGUUCGUGACUUCCGAAGUAUCUUCGAGUUUGGAACUGUUUUGGAUUUUAGCCAUUUAUCCACUUAAUCUCAGCCUCAUACGGCAUGCCCAUGGACUGCUCACCAUGCAUCUAAUGCAUAAUACUGACAAAAUGGCUGGAGAUUUUGCAGAAUACCAGUCUCUAGUCUGAUUGGCUGGCUUUUAAUUUUCAGGGUGCUUAGGUUUUUUUAUCAGUCUACCUGGAAAUACUUACAAUUUACCAGUCUUCAAUGAGCACUUCAGAGGAAGAACUAGUCGCUGGAUUUGCCAAAGAUUGUGAGGUCGAGGCAUUAAAACUUCAGGAGCUUUGUUCAAGACCCUUGGUAGCAAGUAGACAAGUCAUCAUUGAACACACCUGUAUGUUACAUCUUGUUCUUAGUUUUAUCUCUUAAAACAGACAGUUGUUGGUCACUUCAUGUCAGUUUGUCACCUUUUGCUUUAGGUCAUCUGUUUUUGGGCAGAAUGAAUAUGUGAGCCCUAAUCCACUACAAAAUAUGACAUUAUGGUAUGUAACCACUUAUUUAUCAUUGACCAAAUCCUUGUUGGCCUGUUUGUCAGAUUUGGAACAACCAAGUUUGUUUUGCUUCUUUACAGUUAUUAGUGUGGCUUCUUACAUCUUUGUCCCAAAUUUAGAGUAUUAGUAUUAAUUCUAAAGUGCUAGGGCAGGAUUCAUGAACAUUCAGAAUACAGUUUUCAUAGUUGCUAUUUUGUUUUCUAACUUUAAAAAUAAAGUUUAGAACAUUUUGUAUUACAAAAAAAAUGUUUUUUUUAAUGUUCUUACCCUUUUUUAAGAUUGUUCUAAAGACAAACUAAAGAGGACCUUGAAUUCCUGGAAAAAAAAGGUUGUAAUCAUUUAAAAAAAAAAAAAAAAAAAAAACUCAAAGUUAGGAUAACUUACACUUGUCUUAAAUCCCCAAAAGGUAAGACAGCAGGCACACACAGAUACAGGAUGCGUUUCACGGUUUGACUAUAAGAACUGCCUGGGAACUUGACUGAAUUGUCAUUGGCCCGAUCGGGUACACAAUCGAAGCGCACGCAUAAAGCUGCCUUUGAGACUCCCAAAUUCAGUUCUCUUUUGCAUCAAAUACACAAUUGUCAAAAUGCCUGUCUUGGCAAGCAUCCAUUAUAGCCUAUUAUUUUUGCAAAUAAUACACAAUGCAGAAAUUGUGCUUGUAAUGUGAAGUUAAGAUAAAUGCAUCAUGUAUACUACUCUGCACUUUGAGAGGGAUGUGGGACACGUGCAGGACAGAGACCAUCUCUUGUCUAAUAUCUUGGUUUUCUCCCGAUGUUCCAAAGCAACUGACACUUGUAAAAGGUCUGAGCAAAUUUUUAUCUUCCACAGGUGCAAGACAAUCAGGCUAUAUUUGAUGUUGCGCUGCCAGAGAAAGCCAAACUAAAUUAUCAGUGUGUGAAAUGUGCUAUCCGAUAGACUUGAUAAGGCACGUCAAGUUUGUCAAGCACAUUGUUAAAUAGAAUUUGAUGUACAAAUAAAAAGGUAUCUGUUCUAUGGCGUUUUUCUACUUUACCACAGUAAAGUAUGCAACUAUGAUCACAUGGAAUACAUGAAAUUCAUGUGGUUUUCUGUAAGGGAAAGCUUUGUGCUUCACUCGUGUCAUAUUCACGUAAAAUAGCUUUCACAUUAGUGUUAAUUUUGUCAGCUAUUAUUUAUUUAUUUUAGUUCUGUCUCAAAUGUACUUUUUAGUUUAUCAUUUAGUCAAGCUUGUACUGUUUUUGUUUAGUCAAGUUUUAGUCGACUAAAUAUCUGGGCAUUUUGGUCGAGUUUUAUCCAAUGAAAACUGUCACAAUUUUGUCAUGCUGCAUAAUUGUUAAAUUAUUUUGUUCAAUUAUCACGAUUGUUGUCGUUUUAAGAAAUUUGACAUUUUAUCAGAAUUUUUGCACUUUCAGAAUAUCAACUCAUACGCAUCUUUUGUUUUACCUUUUAAAUCUAGUUUCCUGAUUUAUUAUAGGGUGUUUAUCAAAUUAACACACUACAAAAGUAAAAACACUCAAUAAUUGAAACACUGAAAUUCCUAAUAAUUCCAAAUUACAUGAACGUUUUUCUAUUAAAACGACAGGAGAAAAGACUUUGUCAAACAGGUUGCGUAAGGUGCUUUUAUUCUGCAGUCGCAAACAAUAUAGUCAAGAUCCAUGCUUGGAUUUAUUAUAGUUAGCCUAAUUACAGAAUUAACUGCUCUCGACUGAAUAACUUUAACUUUUAAGGAUUUAUCGGUUUUUAAUUUACGGUGAAUUUACUGUUCUUAAUUACAGUGACUAUCCAGUCUAUUAUUCUAUUGUAUGUAUUUUUGCUACUGCUUGAAAUUAAUUUGUUCUCAUUUUACUUGACUGUAAAUUCAAUUCAAAAUUUGAAAUCAAGCUUGUGCUGUUUGUAAGCAAUUGCGCAAAAAUACCCCAUUAUAAAACACAAAUACAUAGAGUGAGCAAACAUUUAGGAUUGCAAAAAAAAAAAAAAAAUUCAUUAUUUAUUCUUAAUUUAUUCUCAUGACUUUCAUGGAACAUUUUCAUGAAUAUUUGCCUCAAGCCUUUAGUAGUUUUUACUGUGGUAUUGGAAUUGAAAUUGAGAAUUAAAUAAUUACAAAUAUACAGCACGUUAAACAAUGUGACACUGCUGCAGAUUAUUACAUUAAUCUACAGACAGCCAAAAAGACAGCCUUAAGUUAAUCAGUGAGGCCAACAUAAAAUUGGAUAACACCAAAGCCUAUUUUCUUAAAUAAUUGAGAACUUGAGAAUUUUUCAAGAAUUACACGAGAUAAAUUCCCAGGAGUUUGUAACAAUGCUUUUAAGGAAAUGUAACACUUUACAAUAAGGUCUCAUUUGUUAACAUUAAUGCAUCAACUAACAUGAACUAUGAGCAAUACAUUUGUUACAGUAUUUAUUAAUCUUUGUUAAUAAUAAAAAUCCAGCUGUUCAUGUUAGUUCAGUGCAAUAACAAGCCUAAUGUUUACAAAUACAACAUUUGAUAUUAAUAAUGUAUUAGUUAAUGUUAAAAUAAACAUGAACUAAGAUUAAUAAAUGCUGUAGAAUUAUUAAUUCUUAGUUCAUAUUAAUGAAACCUUAUUGUAAAGUGUUACUGAAAAUGUUUUAAAGAAGCUUUGUUAAUCUGGCCAUAGUUCUUAAUUCUAGAAUUUCAUUACUGUGUUCCAUAAUUGUAGAAUAGCCAAUUUAUUUGUGAUUAUUGAAGUUGUUCUAUUAUGUGGUUCCUUUUUGAGCAGCUUUGUUCAAUUUAGACUACAUUUCCUAGACUGCAUUGUUGAGGGUCGAAAUAUUUUUACCAUAAGUUUCCUUUUUUUUUUUUUUUUUUUUUUUUUUUUUUUUUUUUUUCUGAAUUUAUGAAUCUAAUCAAACCAUCAAAUUGCAGAAGCUGAUUUCUUCAAGAAACAAGUGAUAAACCAUAUAAAGAACUGCUGAGGAUUGUCCUUGAUGUUGGCAACUUGGGGGUUUUGUCCUGUAGAGUCAUAAAUCCACAUUUACAUAAUACUUAAAUUUGCUAGUUUUGAGGAAGAUGAACUGCUUUCAAAUUGCUAUGCAUUGUCAAAAAACACAAUCUGUUAUUUUGGAAAGACUACUCUAAACCAACCAGUCAGUUUUCAAAUGAACUUAAAGGGGUCAAGAACUGAUAUAUAAUUUUUUUUUUUUUUUUUUUUUUUUUUUACAAUGUUUCCUGAGGUUCACUUAGUAACAUUAGUAUGAUUUUUUUUUUUUUUUUUUGCAUCAAAAAUUGUCAUAAUUUAAUAAAAGGCCAUUUUCUACUCUGAUUUUAGGCUAUUUCUUGGAUGGGGCAUGUCUGCUGAGACAUUUCAAUGUAAACGCCCACUGCUAUGAUUGGUUAACGUCUUUGCAUAUGAAAUAAGUUUUAGAUUUUACAUAUGGAGCUCUCUAAAACUUUUACUGCAUUCUUUUAUUACAGCUUUUGAGAUUAAACAAUCAUAAAGUGUUGCUUAUAGCAUUAUAUUUAGAUCUACACCUGUGACAUGAAAGGUUGCAGUGAUGAGCAUUGUAGCCGAUGACCGUUUAAUGUGUUGAAUGCAUGAUCUUGUCAUUGCAGCUCGAUUUCGAUUCGAUUUCAAAUGCUUUCAUCGUAACAGUGCAAACACAAUGUAAAUAAGAGAUUCAUUGUGCAGUUUAGACAGCAUCAUUGAUUAUAACAGAGUUCUGCAGAGAGUCCAGAACUCAGUCACUGAUAAACUCGUGCUUGUGAUUGACAGCUCCAGCGAUUAUAAAAGGGGUUAUUUAAAUGCUUUAUUUAAUUUAAUCACAGUUUAAAUAACAUUAUUUUCAUGCUAGUAAGAGAAGCAAUGUGAAGUUGACCAUUUAGUCACUGGCUUGAUUUACUGACGCAUAAACGAUUGAGACAAAACAUCUGAUUGUACAUGAAUCAUUACAUAUCAGAAAUCACUGAUCACAGAUUGGGCACUGUCUGGUCCGUAUCUUACAGUAAAAGUCUGUUUGCAAAGCCUGCGCUGAAAUUACGACUGAUUUAUCAAAGAAUCCACUGUAAAAUGUAACGGACAGAGACAUUCACAUAGUUAAUAACCACUUUCCUAGCAUUACGAUCCUUUGGAUGAUUUUUAGUCCAGUGAUCCUGUAUCUCUCUUCUGUCCUUGUCUCACUAACAUGCCAGUGGGUGGGGCCAAAGACGCAAUGAUGUAGGCAUUGAUCUGAUUCUGCAGAGGCUGUCUUUCGCCUCACUAUUACAUCAUAAUGUGACAAUUUUAAACGAGACGUUUUCUGAGCUUGGAUUCAAUAAAAGCUGUUUUGGGACUAACAAGGAAGUUUUGAGUUCUGAAACUUACACAAAGUUUUUAUAGUACAAUGACCUACAUGUCAAAAAAAAUCAAGGAAAAUUUGAUUUCUCAAUUCAUGACCCCUUUAAGUAUUCAGUGUUUAGACAGACAUGAGGCUUGUUUAGAAGCAUCAGGAAAUGAAUUCAUCUGAAUAUUCUCCUGCCUUUGCACCUUCUCAAUCUUUUUAGCCUUCUUGGGGGAAAAAAAGCAUUGAAUGUAUGGGAAGAGUUUUCUCAUUCCCACCUGAAGCUCUUGUAGCUAGUUUCUUGGAUAUUAGCAGGAAGAGAAAGAUAAAAAUUAACUGGCUUCUCAAUUUUCAAGAACACUACACCACCUCCAGGCUUGGUAAGUGCAAAUCGCAUGAUUAUUUUACAGUCUGCCAAGUCCUGCAAGCAAAACAUUUUAAUUGUGCCUGUUUCAAUUUAGCUCUACAGUUUACUAGUAUCCACCUUAUUUUUAAAGUAAGAGCAGGCAUUGCCAUUAUAACUUGAAUGUGUUGAGGCUUCCGGUCUCACCCACUUUAUUUUAGCUGUACAAAAACUGGCUGUUAUGCUGCUUGAUAUUGGAAACUGUUACUAGUUAUCAUACUAUUUUAAUUUAUUGUAAUUGUGUUAAAACUGUUUUUUUAGUGCAAAUAAUUUCAUUUACAUUUUGUUAUUCCAGUUGUUUCCCUAUAGUGGCAAAUUAAUCGGAAGUCUCAGCACAUUCACAGAAAAUCUUACUUCCGUUUUGAAGAAUAAGGUGGAUAUUUUUAUUUAUUUUUUAACAUUUUUAGUCCAGAUUCACACUGGGGAGAUGAGGGAUUAGGGGAAAAAAAUCACUAGUCAACUUCAGACCAUAUUUUAAAAGAUGGGUCACUCAAUGAAAAUUACUCACCCUUGUGUUAUUCCAAACCUGUAAGUUAUUUCUUCCAAGUAACACAAAUAUAUAGUGGACAGCAUUUUUCACGCUCAUCAAAAAGCGCUAUACAAGUCCGUAUGAAAUGUACAGUGUAUUUCAAUAUAUACUUACAAUACAUACUUAUUUAGAAGUUGUAAAAUACAGAAAUUGAUUAAGUGGAAUAACCAAUUAAGAUUCCAUAGUCCUCUCAGAGUUGCCUCAAUAUGAUUUGAGUUCAGAUGACUCAAAAAGAGGUUGACUACAAAGACAAAUGUGUGAAAUUUGUCAGCUCAAUGAUAAAUGUGACUGCACCUUUAAGCCCUGUUUUCACCUGGUGUUGGGAUGUUUUGUUUGAUCCGAUCACAAGUGGAUGACGAUAUAUACAGGUAGGGCCCUAUGAAAGCCGUUUUAUUUUUUUCCAAAUUCCGUUUUUUUCCGUUUUAAUUUUUCUGGAUUCCGUUUUUUUUCCAUUUUAAUUUUUUGGACUUGAUUUUAAUAGUUCAAUUUUAAUAAUCAAAAAGAAUGUCUAAUUUUUAUUAUUUUAUUUUAAUUAAUUUAUUAAUUAAAUGUAUUAUGAAAUUUUGGGGGGGUUUUUUUCAGAAAUUCUGUUGCAUAUUUUAAUUUUUCUGGCAAUCAAAUGAACGGAUAACAUUAAUUUAUCUUUUAAUCAUGAAAUUAAACUUUUUAUCAAACAAAGUGCUGCAGAGCUUUACUGUUAAAAUUAAAACAUGGAAGAAAAACAGAUUAAUUAAAAAUAGUUUUAAUAAGUCUAUUAGUGUUAGUAUUACAUUGAAACAUCUAAAUUCUACUGUACAACAGUAAUAUGUUGUCAAGUUAAAUCGAACUUUUAUUUUGACGGGUUGCCAAGAGCUUUGAGUUUCUGUGUGUUUAUGAUGAUAGAUUUUCUUAAAGCGGUAAAAUGCUGAUGAAGUGACUCAGAGCAGCUCUGGAGAUGAAUUUUGUGCGUUCAUGUCCUCAUAUAGUGAGGUGACAGAGGAUGAAAACACCGAGCGUAACACAUGCUUCAGUGUGUGUGUGUGAGGUAAAUGAAACCGCGCUUCUGCGCCAUUAAUUUCAGAGACACACAGACAUGCAGGAUUCAUUUAAAUAGUCUUGUUGCGGUUUAAUAUUCACAGACACUAGUCUAUAUUGCGAUUUUAAUUUAAGUGUACUGACUUGCUUUUUAUUCAUUCAUCAAAAAUUUGACAAAUUCCGUGACAUUCCGCGUUAUAUAGUAAAUUCCGUUUUUUAUGAAUGGAUUCCGUGAUUCUGUCCGCUUUUUCUGCAUUGCGGAAAUCAUAGGGCCCUAUACAGGUGUAAACAGGGUCUAAAAUGGUUUGAGCUUGUCUACAUUCAACCUCUUUCUGAGGUAGUUGAAAAUGCAUUUGACAGGAUUGCUUUCAUAGUGUAAAUGCUCAUGGGUUGUCGAAUGCGUUGGAACAGCCACAAAAGAUUGUCCACUCUCCACCUUCUGACCUAAUGUGUAAACAUUAUGGGAAACGCGCUAGCCAGAUGGGUCUUCAGCUGACAGCUGAAAUCCCAAGUUUGGUUUGAAGACAAAGGUACUAAGCACAAUGUUCUCUCACUUAAUCCCUAAAAACUCACCAGGUUCAGUGCGGUCUUGUGGCUAUGAGAGCAGAAAUGAAAGCUGAUGCUCUCCGUAUGUUUGUUCCAUUUCCUUUUCAGAUCUAAAGAUUUUUGUAGUUUGCACAGAGACGAUAGUAUCGUUUUCCAAAACUUGCACUUUGAAACCUCCUUUCAAAAGUUUGCAUUUUCAGGCCCCCCAAAUGCCAUUGUCAUGUAAAUGAAUGGCCAAAUACACACAUUUUCCUUUUUUAGUUUAAAACUGUGUUGUGUAAAUGCCCCCUAUAAAACAUCAGGUGUAAACAGGAAUGUGUCUCUCUCUCAUCUACUUGUGAUCCGUUCGACCAAAAUGCAUCUUAAUACCAGGUGUAAAUAGGGCCUUAGAAGAAGGCCGCAUUGGUUUGGAGUGACACAAGAGAUUGUAAACGACACACUUUUAAUUUUUGGGUAGACAUUUGACUUGUAUCCAGCUUGGAGCCAUUGGAAUUAAUUUUUAUAUAGUGUAUAAUUUUUUUAAAUCUUAAUUCAUUUUCUGACAUUUUGAUAAGCUAGUAGGAAUUCACACAGCCAACUUUUGCCAGUUUUUUGACAUCCCCUGCAUGUAGUUAGCACUGUACACUGGGACCAUGAAUUUCCAUAUACUAUUUAUAGUGUGACUCAGACUCUAUGGUUAAGACUGUUUAUCCCCUUGGCAGAAUACAUUGGAAACUUGCCUUUUUCAGGCUCCUGAGAUUUUAGCAACAUGGCAAGAGCUUGUCUCUGUACUGUGUAUUGAGUGAAUGGUGGUGCUAUAGCUGAGCAUUAGGGGCCAGUGUCCAGCUUACCCACAGACUCCAGCAGUUGGUAACAUUGAGGAUUAGUUCUACAGAUCAGUGGACAGUUGAGCCUGGACUUAUUUGCAUCAAGAGGUGUGCUUGCAUAUCACCGGAAAAGGUAAGUGAUCUUGUCUUUGUUCCAUGAAAAUAAAGUACUACUUUCAUCAGCUGUGUUGAAAUACUACCAGGGUUCUGGCAUCACACUCCUGAAAAUGGAUUCACAGUGCAGAAAUUGUUUUUGUAAGCAAUAUUUGAAAUGUGUUUGGUACUUUGGCUCCCUCUGUGUGUAUUUCAGCUGCUCUGUAAUGUCUUCCUCACAGUAGCUGUCUUCGGGGACAGCAGCAGCAUCACUGCUUCACCAGGCAUCAUGCAUUUUAACACUGCACACUAAUGAAAUAUCAAGAACCUCACGAUCGAGGGGGUGGUGGCAUUCUAUUGACUCAAGGGGCCUCAGGUGAUUGAAGGAGGUUAAGAAGCAUCAUACAGUUUCAGAAAUGGAUCUACCAAGGAACCUGUUCUAUGAACUAAUGACUUGUUCGGCACUAGAUGUUCCUGCACAGCGGACGAUAAUAUGCAGUCCUGUGGGAGUGUGACAUACAGAUGGAGACGUGGCAGCUGGGAAAUCUUUAGAGCAGCACUGGAUGCAUCAUAAUUGUAUCCAUAUUUUUUUUCUGUUAAUAAACUGUCAAGAUCCCUGG